UUUUGUUUUUAUUUUACAUUCAACCUAGGUUUUGGCUCAAAAACUUUUCUUUUCUUUUCUUUUCUUUCUCCACAGUAAUGGAACAUAAUCAAGGUCAAGACGCAAAUAGUCGGGGAAACCAUGGUACUGAGAGAAUUGAACCGAUGAGGCCACGGUGGAAUCCGAAGCCUGAGCAAAUUUUGAUUCUUGAGUCCAUCUUCAAUAGUGGAAUGGUAAAUCCACCAAAAGAUGAAACUGUGAGAAUAAGGAAACUUCUUGAGAAGUUUGGUUCUGUUGUCGAUGCCAAUGUUUUCUACUGGUUCCAAAACCGAAGGUCAAGAUCUCGCCGCCGCCAUCGUCAGAUGCAAGCUUCCCUUGCCGAAGAGAAAAGAAAUAAACGAGCACAAGCUAGCGGUGGUGCAAUUCAUUAUGAAGGUGGUUCUGGUGCUGGUGGCAGCAGCAGCAGCACAUCUCUGAUGGGGUUCGCAAAUUCUCCUUCUUUGACUGUAUCUCCUUCUUAUCUUCUGGGUUCCUCUUCUUCAGUUGGAGUUGGUGGUCAUGAGGAUGGUGCAGUAGAGAGUCUUUUUCUCCCCAACGAAAUGGGUUUUCAGGAACUCGAUCAGGGCUCUGAUAUAUCUUCAAUUUUAUGCCCAUCCGGCUCUUCAAAUUUGCAAUACCAAACUGGGUUCAUCACAGUUUUUAUCAACGGGGUGGAAACAGAAGUUCCAGGAGGGCCAAUAGACAUGAAAGCGCUAUUUGGUCAAGAUGCAGUGUUGAUCCAUUCCUCUGGUGUUGCUGUACCUUGCAAUGAAUUUGGAUUUCUAAUGGAAAGCUUGCAGCAUGGUGAAAGCUAUUUCCUGGUUUCAAGCCAAACAUAAAUUGGUAUUAAAGCUGCAUCAAGAAAUGGGAGCUUCCUCUUUGCUGCAUAUGUUAGAGCCAGUAUUUUACUAUGGAAAUUAAUGGAAUCCCUACAAAAAAAAAAAAAAAAAAAAUCACCCAUAUAAAAAAGUUCAUUAGCUUUUCUGUUUUAAUUUUCUGUUCCUUUGUUGUUAAUUUCAUAGGAAGCUUCCCCAAGCUCGGUAUAUUUUAGAGAAACCAUGUGUCAGAAAAGACAAUUUGUACUGGUUUAAAUCAUCAGAUAUUCGUAAAAGAAAAAAAAGACUUUGUGUA